ACGUACCAGUAUCACACAUCUAUAAAAGCCUUGUUGCAUCUCAGCUGGGGUAUCAGAAACUGGCUGCUCCAUCCAGGUCUGAACAAUUAAAGGAAUUAUACUCCACAGACACACACAGCAACUUUGACAGAAAUGGCACAUUCGUGGGGAUAUGAUGCCGAUAACGGGCCAGAUAAAUGGGGUGAUCAUUUCCCAAUUGCAAAUGGACCCAGGCAGUCCCCCAUCGAUGUAGUCCCGUCAAAAGCACAGUAUGAUCCAUCUCUUAAACCCCUCAGCAUUCAGUAUGAUCCUGCCACAGCUAAAGGCAUUCUGAACAAUGGACAUUCCUUCCAGGUUGACUUCGUUGACAGUGAUGAUCGCUCAGUGCUUAAAGGAGGACCAAUCUCUGGAACCUACCGACUGCGUCAGUUUCACUUUCACUGGGGAUCCUCCGAUGAACACGGCUCAGAGCACACUGUGCAAGGGGUGAAGUACCCUGCAGAGCUUCACUUGGUUCACUGGAAUUCUGGAAAGUAUCCAAGUUUCGGUGAAUCUGCAGCACAGCCUGAUGGUUUGGCUGUUGUUGGUGUAUUUCUGAAGAUUGGCAAUGCCAAUCCACGUUUGCAGAAAAUCAUUGAUGCUUUUGAUGCAAUUAAAGAAAAGGGGAAGCAAACCUCUUUCUCUGACUUCAAUCCAGCAACUCUGCUCCCAGGUUCCCUGGAUUUCUGGACCUAUGAUGGCUCACUGACCACACCCCCUCUGCUUGAGAGUGUGACCUGGAUCGUACUCAAGGAGACUAUUUCUGUCAGUGCUGAGCAGAUGGCCAGGUUCCGUAGCCUCCUGUUUACAGGGGAUGGUGAAGCACCUUGCCACAUGGUGGACAACUACCGCCCACCACAGCCUCUGAAGCAGAGGAAAGUCAGAGCCUCUUUCAAAUGAAGAGCUCGCCGCUAGCAUUCCAGGCUGGCUAUUUGAAGAAAGUAUUGUAGCCAGCACAAAUGAAACUGGACCGUCUGUGUAGAAGAGAAGAGUUUAGCCAGUCAAUGCAUAAUCCCUUUCCCCUAGCAUCAGGAUCACGGCAGCUUAAUGAAACGUGACAUUCAGUGCAAUCACUUCUGAUUGGUCUUGAACAUACUAUAGGCACAGUCUAAGCCGCAUACGAAGCCUCAGCUGAGCCAUUUAUGCACUGAAUUUCAUCAUCACUUUGGAUAUCUAUAUAUUCAGCACGUAUGCAAGUGAUAGAUUAAUUUGUAUUUAUAGGCAUUCUGUCUUUUUAAUGCAAUAUUGAGUUUUUUAUUACUGACUAUAAGAAAAUGUGUACAGCAUUCGUCUGUAACAUGUUCAUGGUAAGCACUCUUACUUCAUUCCAGAGUAUAAAUAAUGUCAUACUAUUGGGAAAACAAGCUAAUACAGAGCAGCACAACAUCCUUGUCAUGUUUUCUUUUUCAAUGUUGAGCACAUAAAUUAAAGAAGAAUAUUUUAGUAUUGCAAAGUGUUAUUGAAGUUCAGCCAUUAAGUGGAUUAUGAAUUAGUUUAUAUGAUUGUGUCUUAGUUGUUAAAAUGAAAUCUUGUUGAGCAAUAAUGUUUGAAGAAUACAAUAAUGUUAAAAAAUACUAAAUAAUGUUUGGUCAUGCCAAUAAAAAGGAUAUAGCAUA